AUGGGAGCUGUAUUUAGUGCACUAAAAGCUUGUUAUCACAGGUAUCGUGAUAGAAGGGAACCAGUCCUCAAGCUGAUAGAUCCAACCUUCCACCACCACAAAAUUAAAAUAUAUGCCAUGGAUCUAAGAAAUGCAGAGCUGCCACUGGAAGAAAGAGCCAAGGCUGCAUUAUAUAUAGGCCUACUAGCUUACACAGGUGGCGUUAGUGCUGGAAGUUUUACUACACAAUAUAUUCAGGACAUGAUUGAUAUUUUGAUGAUGCCAGACACAACCACAAAAGUAAGAAUCUUGGUUUUAAAAGGACUGAGUACUGUAUGCUACAUUAACCCCGUAAACCAAAAUGAAGCCAAAGCUCACCACCUUCCUGAAAUUUUGCUGUCCUAUCUUGAAGAAGAUGAAGAUGCUGCAGAAGCGGACCCAGAUAUAGUUCUGGUGAAGUUCUGGGUUUGUUAUCUUAUGACUGUUGUCUGCUGUAAUAAUAUCUCUUAUAUUAAAUUAUUUCAUGAAAUUGGUGGCCAAACACUAGAGAAAAGACUGGAAUACCUGUCUAAUAUGGAAUGGUUUGGCUGGCCCCAAAACUAUGCUACAUUAAUGUACAUGUUUAUGGGAUAUCCAGGCACAGAAGUAUACAAAUAG